AUGGAGAUGCCGGCGGCAGCAAUGAGUAGCUCUAAUUCUAAGUUAAUGAAGCUCCCUCAAGAUAUCCUCCUCAACAUCCUUUUUAGACUGCCGGCGAGAUCGCUUUUGCAGUUCCGGUAUGUCUCUAAGAGCUUACGUAACCUAGUCGACGAUCCAGCUGUUGCUGCCAUGCACAUCGCUGCUACCAACGAUCACGCCGACGUAGAAGUUAGGGUUCUGCCUAAUGGCUCUGCAUACUGUUUACAGUUUGUUUCGUGCGGUUUGCUUGGCUUGAAGUGUCCAGAAGGAACGUUGGGGUUAUACAAUCCUUUAAGAGUAGAAUCUUUAUGGCUCCCAAAACCUGAGAUUCAUUAUGGUGCCAACUAUGGUAUGGGAUUCGAUUAUGUUACUAGCACCUACAAGAUUCUCCUUUUCUAUAUCAAUGAAUAUUACCCUUCGAAUUCGAAGGCUUCUGUCCAUGUUUUGGGCACAAGUUCCUGGAGAAGAAUACACUCGGUUCCCCCUUGCGAGGUAAUUAGUCCUUCCGGUAAGUACGCAUAUGGAAACACAUAUUGGUUGACAUACGAUAACAACAAUAGUAAGGCCACGUUGAAGAACAGGAUGAUGCAUUUCGACUUCGAAAAAGAGGAAUUCGGGUGGACUACUAUUCCUUCCCAUUUCAAAAAUUCUGCAGGCGAAUCCAGAGUUUUUCUUAUCAAUCUGAAGGGAUCUCUAGCGCUUGUUGAUGUUUUUGCAGAAAAGAAAAUUGAGAUAUGGGUGCACAAAGAAAAGAAGCACUGGUCAAAAGAUUACAGCAUGACUUUAAGAUGCACCUAUUCAUAUCCUGAUAUUUCUGUAGGCGCUUGGGAGCAUGGCAUAUACAUAUCAUCGAUGCCAUUAAAAUCUGUCAGUGAUAAAUCCACGGUACUCUACUGUGAUCUAAGAUGUGAUAGCAAGAGAGGUGAACCUAAUAAAUGUUUGGAACAUGAAACCCAGAAAAAUGUGUUUAUAAUAAGCUAUACUGGAAGCCUCAUUUAUCUAAAAUAUUAUGAGAACUUGAGAAGGCAAAACAAGAGCAAGAACUUGAAAAGGAAAAGGAAGGACAAGAAGAAUUACUUUGAUGCUGGGAAGUCUGAGUCCCCAAAAUGUUUCUCAGGGCUCGAAGCACGAAGGAUCAAGUAA